AUGGCCCGCGCCGUCCCGAGCGCUACCAUGCGUGCGCUGUCGCGCAUCGGCAUGACCCGCCUCGGCUGCCUCUUCUCCGUCGAGGUGGCGGCGGCACAGGGCCUCCCGUCGUCCAUGGACGGGCUCCGCCUCGCCGUGGCCGUGCGCAAGAAGGAGUCGCGCGAGGGCGCCGUGCAGAUCAUGCCGUCCCGCGUGCAGCAGGGCGCGGCGGACUUCGAGGAGACGCUAUUCGUCCGGUGCCACGUCUACUGCAGCGGCGGGGGCGCCGGCAAGCCACCGACGAAGUUUGAGCCCCGCCCGUUCCUGUUGUCCGUGGUCGCCGUGGACGCGCCGGAGCUGGACCUUGGCCAGAGCACGGUGGACUUGAGCGCCCUCGUGAAGGAGUCCACGGAGAAGAGGCAGCAAGGGGAGCGCGUCCGGCAGUGGCAGAUGGCGUUCCUGCUCGCCGGCAAGGCCAAGGGCGGGGAGCUCGUCGUCACGCUCGCUUUCCAGAUCAUGGAGGACGGCGGCGCCGGGCUCUACAGCCAGCUGGCCACCAAGACUGCUGCCCUGGUGCGGUGUCCAGUGACGAGAAUCUGAAGGAGUCCCUUCUUGUCCCUCGCCUUGGCCGCCAGCCUGAGCUCCCGCAGCGCGGCGGAGAGCCUGGACCUCUUGCUCCUCUUCUUCUUCAUGUUCUUCAUGGCGUCGCUCCGGCACAAGGACGGCGGCCUGGACCUCCUCCUCUGCCCUGGGGCCUCCUCGACAUCGUCACCGGCCCGUCCGCUUCCUCGCUACGCGCCACGCGCUCGUGGACCUCCGAGCUAUCGCCACGCGUCCUCCUCGUCGAGGUGCAGAGAUGCUUGGGGGUGGAGACGGCCGGAAAAAUCCCCCCUCCAAGCCCAAAAUUUGCGUAGGCGCAGCCCCAGCCGAACGAAAAAACGUCCUACAAUGCAGGCGCUAACGCCAGGCGCCAGGGUCAGGAUCCUGGCCGUUUCCUCCUAAUCCCGUUCAAAUCCCGAAAUUUUGUUAGCAUCGAUGCCAUAAGAGUCGUCCGGCGCUAAACGAGCUGCCCAUUUUAUUUUUUGCGCAUGGCGCCCGUACGCUCGCUCCCAGCGUUGCAUGCCUGGACUCCAAGCGAGGCGCUAGGAGAAAAAUCCUUUUUUAUUCCUAAUCAAGCGCCUGAUUAGGCGUCUAGCAUUGAACAUGCCCUAAGAGGCCCCCAUCCCAUUCUCCUAUGGAACGCCUUAGUGCCGGUCAAAGUAGAAGCCC